AUGAAUAUAUCCAUACAAGUAAGGUUUAUUGGUAAAUGUUGUGAAAGAGUUUCCAGAAAUGAUGGUAGAAGGAUCCAUGUCAACGGCGCUGCAUAUCACGCUCGAUUAAGGGGAUACGCUACCCACAAGCAGAAUUUCGAUCACAAAUCUAUUUUAUCUACAUCUGAACUGACUGUUGUGAAACAAUUGAAAAAAAAAAUAUAUGUUAUGGCAAAUUCAAAAGGUCCUAUUAAAAAUGAUACCCAAUUUAAUGAUGCAUUGAAACAAUUGUCUGUUAACAGAUUCCCCUCCACCUUGAGUCCCAAACAAAUAUCAAAUGAAUUAUACGUAUUAAUACUUCAAAAUAGAGUCAGUGAUAAUGAAAUUUAUAGAGCAAUCCAGAAUAGUCGAAAGGAUGGUGAUAUUGUUAAUGUGAAAGUUCCAAAGACUCAAUAUAGUAAAAAAAAAAUACAGAACACUAAAACACAUAAGAACCCAAUUCCUCGAGAUCUGAAACCACAAAAGACCUCUGAGUUUGAUAAUCUGCUUCAGGAAAUCUUAGAAAUAGAUCACAAUCAUUCUAAUGAGUUACACCAAAUUUUAUCCAAUAUUAUAGAGGAGUCUAACGAACUACAGGAAUUUAAAUCCCAAUCAUUAGGCAUUGAACAUGAUAAUAAUCAAAUAAAUAUAAAAAUACUAGAAACUUACUUACACAAUAUAAGAAACAAACAGGAUCAAAAAAAAUCAGUGUUAGAAGCACAAAAGAAGGUUUAUGACUGGAAUCAUUCAUUCGAUUCUCUCCAUACUUAUAAUUCAAAGAAUAUAUCAGUGGAAAUGGAACCCCAAAGACUUUUUAAUAGAGAGUUCUGGAUGAGUUACGUAAAUAAAUAUUUUUCAAAUUCUAAAGUACAACCUAUAAAAGAAAGUGAAUAUUUGUUUAUGAAUCUCAAGACAAACUCAGAAUCUGUAGAGACUUAUAACGAGACCACCCAUUCGUUAAUACAUUUACAACAAAGUGAUUUAUUGAAUAUUAUUAAUCGUUCGUCAAUAACUCCAGAAGAGGUUUUGAAAAGACUCAAGGAAUUACAAAAUAAAAAUUGGAAAUUAAUGGGAAACAUAACUGACUCUCCUGAAGUGUUGAUGUUCGAAAAACCUAAUAGUAAUAAGAAGUUUCCCAGAUAUAAGUAUACCAUUUUCUUAUUUUUAACUGGAGUAACGUUCAUCCCACUAAUAUCUUAUUAUCGUAACUUUUCACACCAAGACAGAAAAUUGAGCAGCACCCGCACGUAA